GAAGUGUCGUGAAUACAUACAGCGGUUCCUCCGAGUUUACAGACCGGUACCUGAGUUAGUGUUUAAACCAGGUUUAAGGAGUUGAACCGGGUUAAAUGUCUUCUUUUGUCGAGCAGCUCGUGUCCGCCGUCAUGAAGGAGUUUAUAGAGACUGCAAUACCGGAAAUAUGUCAGAGAUUUAACCCUGUGAAGAACGAGGCGGAGCUGCAGGCCGUGAUGUCCAGACUUUGUGAUUCUCUGCUUCAGGAGCUUCGGCGACUGCUGAAAGAAGGUGACUCACCCAGUGCAGCUGUGGUGGUGAUGCAGUCUGACUCCGCCCCCACUGCAGCAGAGGGAGACACUCCACUGGAGGCCACCGACCAAUCAGAUGCUCUCACAGGUGAAGAGGUGACACCAGCUAGCAGACAGCCCCGCCCCCUCCACAGCAAGUCCCGCCCAUUCACCUGUCCCAUCUGUGGUAAAAGGUUCUCUUCCCGCAGCAGCGUGUCCGCUCACCAUCGCACCGCUCACCUGCAGCAUCCGCUCAGGUGUGCACACUGUCAGAAGGUGUUCCGGACCACCAGGCACCUCCGGACCCACCAGACCAGGACCCGACCGGACCAAGGGAUGCUCACCUGCCCCACCUGUGGACGGACGGAGGACACGCACUGUGGCCUGAGGAAACACAGGCUGAGCUGUCAGAAGGACGAUGGCCACGCCCACAGGUGUCCGACGUGUGGGAGACAGUUCUCCAGACUCAGCUACCUGUCUGUCCAUCAGAGAGUCCACCUAGACAUCAAGCCCUUCACCUGUGGAACAUGUGGGCGGGGCUUCACCAGGAGCCGUAGCCUCCACGUCCACCAGGAGACGGUCCACAGAGGACGGAGACCGUUUGUCUGCAGCGUCUGUGGGAAGAGGUUCAGUCAACAGGGUGGACUCAGGACUCACCUGAGGACCCACACAGGUGAGCGUCCUUACACCUGUGACCAGUGUGGGAGCAGGUUCUCCAGCCGCAGCGCUCUAACCGUCCACCGCCGCGUCCACACUGGAGAGAAGUCCUACAGCUGCGACACCUGUGGGAGGAGUUUCAGCGUAUCGGCUAACCUGCGCCGCCACUUGCUGGUCCAUGCGGGACGCCGCGCCUUUGGCUGUGAUGUGUGUGGCCGCCACUUCUCACAGGCAGCUCACCUGAAGGCGCACGGCGCCGUGCACAGUGGUCAGGUGUCGUUCAUCUGUAAGAGUUGUGGGAAGGGCUUCCGACAGCGCGGUGCCCUGCUGGUCCAUGAACGCAUCCACACUGGCCUCAAACCGUUCACCUGCACCGACUGUGACCGGAGCUUUGCCUCUGCCACAUCACUGCAACGCCACCGCCUCACACACAGCGGUGCCACACCACACACCUGUGACGAGUGUGGAAAGAGCUUCAGCUCUGCCCACAUCCUGAAGACGCACCUGCAGCUGCACGGCGGCACCAAGCAGUUCACCUGCGACGUAUGUGGGCGGGGCUACAGUUCGCAGAGUUACCUGAAGACGCAUCGACGCAGUCACUCGGAGGGGAAGCCGUUCACAUGCCCUCAUUGUCUGAAGAGCUUCUCCACGGCGUCCAGUCUCAAGCUCCACCUCAGGGUCCACAGCGGCGAGAGGCCCUACGUCUGCGAGGUCUGUGGGCGGAGCUUCAGUGUCGCCCAGAACCUGGUCCGACAUAACCGAGUCCACAGCGGUGAGAAGCCGUUCACCUGCAGCAUCUGCAACAAGAGCUUCAGCCAGAACAACAACCUGAAGGUCCAUCAGAUGGUCCACAGCGGAACCAGGCCCUACAGCUGCCAGACCUGCACCCGGACCUUCAGGACCAGUAGGGGCCUCCGGGACCACCGCUGUGGGACCACCUGAAACAAGCAGGGAUCAGCAGAGACCAGCAGGGCCUUCAGGACCAGCACUGGCCUCCGAGACCACUGCUGUGGGACUGCCUGAGACCAGCAAAGACCAACAUGGCCUUCAGGACCAGCAGGGGCCUUAGAGACCACCACUGUGGGACCACUUGAGACCAGCAGGGGCCUCUGACACCACCGCUGUGAGACAACCUGAGACCAGCAGGGACCAGCAGAGACCAGCAGGUCUUUCUUUCUUUAGUCAGUGUUUGGUCCAGAUUCUCAGAGGGGUUCUGGGUCUGUUUCUGGUUCUUCGUCUGGUUCUGUGUCUGACUGAUGAAAUUCAUUCUUAUUUUAAAUGACCAGUUUCAUGUCUUGGUUCAGUGUUUGGUUUGAUGUUUCAUCUUCACGUCCAUGGAAAUGAGUCUGAGCCUGUUCUAGAACCAAAUGGAAACAGCUGGAAUCAGUUGGGUCUGAAAACCCUGAACCCAACCUACAUUGGAGACCAGAACUCAUCCAGUACCAGUUACUCAUCGACUUGUUGUAAAAAUCUCACCACAGUAUGUUGGAUACACAUAAUAA